AUUGCAGAGUGGUUCAGUAAAUACAGCAGGAAGAGUUGAAGUCGCGCGACACAAAAUCGACCCUUGUCAGUCGUUCUAUUGAAACCUUUUAUCACCACUUCGGUCGGUGUGCAGCCAUUCAUCCACUCCAAUAUAAGAAUUGAAAACCACAUCAUUUGGUUGCAGCCACUUUGCAUUGCGAAUACAAUCUUCAACAAUAACAUUGCAGCUAGUGUGUAUCACUGCAUGCGGUGAUGGUGGUGGUGGCGACAUACACAGUUCAGAAGCAUCAUGUGGCAAACUGUUAACGCUAACACAAUUAGUUGUAUCGUGAGAAUGCAUGCACCGCACAAAGCAUCAACAUGUCAUAUGCCAACGACAAUCGUCAGAAAAGAACAAUAAAAGCAUAAACAAAACAACACAAUCGAGUUAUAUGCGUGCAAGUGCGCAUUUGGAUAUCGUAUCCGUGUAUGCAGACCACGCAUCAGCGACGAAUGCGACGACAAAACACACAAAUUAUGAGAGGAAUAUGAAUUUCUGCUUUAAUUUGUCGUUGCAGUGAUAAAAGUCCAAUAAAACAUCAAAGAACAUUCAACCAACGGAAUCGGGUAAUGCAUGCAUUUUCAUAAGGCAAACAAUAUUACAUCGCAAAAAGAGCAUACUAACUUCGUUUAGUUUUGUCAUUGAGAAUAAUUUUUGAUUCUGCUGUUGUGCGAUACGAGGCACAACAAUUGACUCACCAUCGAAAGGCCCACAAGGGACACAUAUACUCAUAUAGUGCCAUAUAAAUUCAAAAACAUCGGAAGCUAAAAAGAGACAGUAGAUAAAUGUCAAACUUUUGGCACUCAUACACAAAGCAAAAUCAAAUUAAAUCGUAGUGAAUGAGAAAUAAGAUUAAAAAUAUGAUUAUAUUGUGAGCUUUUAUUAAUUUUAAUGUAAAAUUGAGGUCAAUUUAACGAUACUCUCUACAAUUCAAAAACAUCAUAUUUGAUGGAAAUAUUUUAAAAAUUGACAUUUUUAUGCUGCACAAAAACCUGACAAUUUAAUGCGCAAAAGAAAAAAAAAACAAUUUAUAGAACAAUAAAGACGAUUAAAAUAAAUCAGCACAAGAAAAUAAAAGCAGAAAAACCGAACCUUUUCGAUUUUACAAUGGCCACUGCUGAUGUAACUGCCAAUUUAUUCAUUCGUAAUACAAUAUGAGAGAGAGAAAAAAGGUUCUUCUAAAGUGAUCAUUGUACAUUGUAGUGUUUAAUGUGUAAUUGUGCCACACGAAAAAAAAAAUCCACUGAAAAUUAUAUUGAAAUACACAUGAAAACCGCAGCAGAUACACAAACGAAAAAAAUCAUAUGCGAAUAGUAUUAUUGUUAUCAUUGUGCAAAUAUAAUAGAGCAAAAACCCCGGAGCAGACAGUGAAAGUAAAGUUUAAAAACAAACAACAAAAAAAACCAACAAUGACUGUGCAUUGAAUUCUCAAACAAUGUGCUCGCAAAUGAUAACCGAAUGAAAUAUAUUCGUAAAUAAAUUGAAUUUAUUUUAAUUGCAGACAACACUGAAAAAACAACAUUUUGAAUAAGUGUUUGGGUACUUCAUCCGUAACAACAAUUAAGAGAUAAAUACGUAUUUAACGAUACGAAUAAACACACAAACCGCGCCGAACCGCGCACACAAUACAAAAACAUACUUAUUUGGUCAAACAUCUGCCUGGGAUAAAUACACAUACACACAGUCGCCAUGAAGAGGAAAUACAAAAUCGGAUGGGCGCUCUUUUUCUACAGCAUAUUAAUGAAUUUCAAAACGAUAAAACUAUCAAUUGUUAAGCCGCGCGAGGGAGAUCCGUUUGAUUCGUUUCCAAAAAAUUUUUGGCAAGAAUUUUCAUCACCAUUUACCGAUACGCCCGAAGAGAAUGAAAUCGAAGACGGCGAAGAGACAACAACACACGAACCAUUCCCAUAUUUCGAUGAACCCAACGGUAGUGUCAAUGUUACAACACAUUUAGGAAAUAGCGUGUAUUUACAUUGUCGAGUAAAUGAUUUAAACGGUAAAACAGUAUCAUGGGUACGAAGAAAAGGCGAUGAACUCAAUUUGAUAACUUUUGGGCGUCACACGUACAGCAGUGAUUCGAGAUACUCUCUUGAAUAUGUUGCACCGAAUGACUGGCAACUUAUGAUACAGUUCGCAAACGAACGAGACGAAGGACAUUAUGAAUGCCAGAUCAGUAGUCAUCCACCUUUGAUACUUCUUGUGUAUCUUACGGUUGUCGUCCCAUACAUCGUAAUAGCCGGAGAUGCUAGAGACGUUGCGACACCAGAAAAAUUUUACAAAGUAGGCAGCACCAUUGAGUUAAAAUGCAUCAUCGACAAAAUACCAAAUCGUUCCAGUUAUGUGCUGUGGAAGCAUGGCGAACGCUCGCUCAACUUUGAUACCAGUCGAGGUGGAAUUAGCGUUAAAACUGAUUUACAUACAGGCAAAGCUGUCAGCCGAUUAUACAUAGCGAAUGCGAAUCGACACGAUUCCGGGAACUAUUCCUGUGUCCUCUCCGACUUUGCUAAAGUCACGGUGGUGGUUCAUGUGCUCAACGGCGAGAAUCCAGCAGCGAUGCAGCACGCAAGCAGUAACCGAUGUUCACCAAUUGAUUGGGUACAUUUAUUCAACCUAAUUGCAACGAUUUUCUACUUUUUACGGUGACUGUAAUUGGCCUGAUUCCUCUAAGCACUCUCACACACACAAUUAUAGGAAGAAAAAAAGAGACUGCAUUGAUGAAGGUAAACGAAUAAAGCCCGAGCGAAUCAAACUUGAAACAUUUGUCAAGGGAAGGCAUCGUCAUUUAAGCGUACGACAUUAAUAUUGUCUAAAUGUAAGGCAGUAUUAAAGUGAAAUAAAGCGGAAAAAAAUUGCAGCCCAUUGAAAUUGGGCAGCCGACAAACGUUUCUAUAUAUAUAUAUACUCUCUAAUGCCAUCGUUCUACUUGCUUCACCAUGUAUAUAAGCGGAUAGGAUGUUCGCAUUAGAAACAGACACGAAAUUAUUUAGCAGUAACCAAACAACCGUAAUCGUCUUUAUGUAUGUGUAUGUUUGCGACAGGGAAAAAGGGAUGGGAAAUAUUCAACCAAAUCAAAAUCAAAUCAAGCUGAAAUUGAAGGAAGUCGAAAUAAACUACCACAUUUCAAUUGUUAAUCCCAUUUUCUUUCAUUCGUUUCUCUUCUUUUGUGUCUGUAUUUACUUCGAAAUAUUAGCAAUUGUCUACGAUGUGAUCUAUUUUUUUAGACAGUUGGCAAGAUUAUGACUUGUGGAUACAAUGCGACAUCAUUUCAAAAUAAAAAAAGGGAAAAAUUCGCACAAAUGUUUUUAUCGCAUGUCAUACUUGAUACUUGACAUUCUGUAAAUGAAAACCGUUUCGAUUAAAUUGGAUAUGCCCGUUGAUAUUGACAUUUGUGUGGGAUUUUUAUAUAAUAUGGCAUUAAAACUAUCAAAUAAGAAUCAAAAAGACAAUUUUAAAAAAAACUUAAGAUAAUACCCAUUGCUCAACACAAUGCAUGGCAUUUCAUUCAUACAUAUUUUGAAUAUGUUUUGUAAAGAGGAGUAUAAAAGAAGAAGAAACAAAAAAAAGUGUGGAAAAUUCAUCGAAUUGAAACCUUUCUUAACUUCAUAUGGUUCGAAUUUUUCGUUUGGAACUAUUUUAAAUCAAUGAAUUUAGGAUUAAGAGAGAAAUCACAGCGCUUGACAGAGCCUAAUUUUAAGAGAAUAUGGUUUAAUUCAAAUCAAAAUAUGUGUAAUAUUGGAAUUAAUUUAUUCAAAAUUAAAAAUGACAACGAUAAGAACAUAAAAUAAAAAAUGGCUUAAAAAAAUAUUUCAUCACACUUAUUCUAGCCAAAAAAAAAGUUUAUAGUAAAAUGAAAAGUAACUAAAUGUAUUAUGUAUAUACUUGACUUGGAAUUUUAAUAAUGGUUCUCAGUAUGAUGUGAAAUUAAGAUAUAUUAGGAAUGAUUUAAAAAGGAAAUUACAAAUUCAUCGACCUACACUGUUUUAAAUUGGAGGAGUGCAUACAAUGUUGCUAGCUAGCCAUUUAUAUCAGCUAUUGCUAUAGCGAUAUAAAAAUAGCUGCUAUUUAACGUAUCUCUUCGCUCGGACGCUGUGUAUGCUGGACAUAACAAUGGUCUUAUUGUUUGAAAUGUUUAACAUUUUAAAUCAUUUCAAAACAAUGACACCAUUGUUAUGUCGAGUAUACGCAGCGUCAGAGCGAAGAGAUGCGUUAAAUAGCAGCUACUUUUAUAUCGCUAUAGCAAUAGAUGAUAUAAAUGGCUAGCUAGCAACAUUGUAUGGAAGAAUGUAUGCAUUCUAUAUCCGAUUGUGAAAAUAGUAGUUGAGUGAUACAGCUUGACAAAUACCCCGGCUUGACACAUUUGAAAUAUGACAUUUUCGAUACAUAAAAUAAAUACGCGUAUAUGUGAAACUUAUUUAUUGAAUUACAUAUAUUAACGUAAAUGAUACUGCAUAUAAUGUUGUUAUACUAAUUAACGUUUGCUGUUAAUGAGCAUGAUUCAGUACAAAUAUUGUUAUAUAUUGUAAAUUACAAAUUUAUAAUCAAUAUUUGUAAUAAAUUGUUCUCAUUAUCCGCAAAUAAAAUGAAACACACACAAAAAUACACUAGAAUUAAAGUUUGUCAACAAAAAAGCAUGAUAUGAAUGGUAAUGAAAUUUAUUUGUUCAAACUGACACAAUGACAUAAUUAGAUGACAACUAGAAACCUAAUAAUUUAUGUAAUAGAUAUCAUGAAUGUCCUAUUUAAAUAUUUAAACAAAAAAAAAAAGAAGUAAGAAAAAGUUCAUAAAUACCCAACUUAUUCAUGAUACUAAUUAAAAUAAGAAUGUACAAUGAAGAAAAGAAUUACUAUAUGACGAUUGUUUGCUGAAAAAUUCACGAAAAAAAAGUGUGAAAGCAUCGACAUUAUUGACUUCAAACUAUACGAAACAUGCAUAUUCAUCCCAUACUUUAGCAAAAAAAAAAUAAUAAUAAAAUAAAAUAUAUCAUAUCUAUUCCAGAAAAAGAACAAGUUUUCACCAAGUAAUAUAUCGAAUACUUCUUUUUAUUCAGACUUUAACUCAGAACUGUGCCAACUCGUCUGAAAAUUCGGGCAGCUGAGCGUGAGUUGCGUGUGGCAACAUAGCAACGUUCAUUCAUUGCUUUUGUAAGACAGCGUAACAUUGAAAGAGAAGCUCUUUCGCUGACAUACAUACUCAAUGAAGGAAUAACAUUAUUCUGCCGCAUGAAACGCACACACCCAUUUUCAUUUGAAUUUAAUUUUUAAGCUUCGCUUCUUUGGCCACAUUCACAUUCAUUGAGAUCGCAAAAUAGAAGAGUUCAUUUCAUACCGCACGGGUACUGAAAUGCUGGUUUCAUUUAAGAUUUACUGUUUAUGUCACACAUGAUUAUCGAUCAUGAUAUAUAUUCAGUGGAAGCGUUAAAAAAUUAAAUGUAUUACUAUCGUGUUGAAAAUGUUAACUUGACAUACGUAAAAAAAUUAUUGAUAUUCAAACAGGGAGCGAAGGUCAUCAAAUUCUUAAACAGGCAUUUCAGUACCAUUUAGUGUAAUAUCCGAUUCCAUACAAAAUCCGAAACAAUCUUAAACUGGCAACGACAACACACAUUUUAACCAUAGUUUUAUAGUCCGCAUUCUAUUUACCCAAUUCGAUAUCUGUUGACUUAUGUAUCAUCGGUGAAAAUAACACAUGUAGAAAUACCGAAACAGUAAAUUUGUCGCUUAUUUAUAUUUGUAAGCAUUUGAAAAAUCCAAUCGACAAAUAUGAUUGUUGCAUAUAUAUCCCAUUUGGUGAGAGCAUACGUCUAAGAAAUGAUGGGAUAAAGGCAAAGGUAAAAAAAAACAUACAGUAACUUAUAAUAAAACUCGACUAUUUAUGCAGAAUCAAACUCAAUUCAAUGGAAACACAUAUACUAUAAAACUUGCAAAUGUUUGCACGAAAUACGAUAAGUCAGUUUAUAAUCAAAACCAUUAACGAUUAAAAUCGUUGAUGUGUGCGCUAUUCAACAACAAGAACAUAUACUCGUAGAUUAUAUUCAUAUAUUAUUUCUAUUGAUUAACUGAAAGGAAAGAAAUUGUGCUUAAGCUCUCAUCUUGUCCCUGUUUAAGAAACAUUUUUCGGUUACACUUAACUUCAAAGAUACUCUUCUCCUUGGUCUCUUUCAUUUCCCAAUUGUUCACAUUCCUCAAAGUAAUUUGCAAAAAAUUGAUCAACUUUUCUUGCUACUGCGCAAUUUAAACGAUUGCAU